UUGAAAUCUAUUAUUUAUUGUUAGUUUUUGUUUGCUUGAGUGCGGUUGUUGGAUUGUCUUUGUUAGGCUGAAAUGGAGGAAAUUGAAACACAACUAAGCGCAGAUGGUAGUCAGCUUGUUGAUGCAUACUCAGCCGUUAUGGGUCCAGAACAUCCGGGACGUCUAAGACUAUAUGGACGGGGGGUUACAAAGACUUCUUUGAAAGGAAAAGCUGGAACUUUUGAACCAACUUCAAAUGCCACAAAUGAUGUAGUGCAAGAAAUGCAAGAAAGGAUCCAAAAAAUGGAGGAACAAAUGGAGGAACAAAAGAGAACUAUGCGAGCAGAAGUUACUGCAGAAGUUACUGCAGACAUUACUUCAAAAGUAAUUGAAAAACUCCAACGUGCAGGAUUAAUUAGUCCAGACAUGCUAGCAGCAUUGUGUGCGCCUUCACCGGAGAAGCUACGUCCGCCCCACAAGUAG